AUGAAUUGCCAACUUUUUCCAGAUGAAGUUGAAUAUAUAAAGGAUAAAAUUAUUGAAAAUGAGCAUAGACUCUCGUCGUACGUCAUAGAUUUGCCAAUAUCGCAAAAUUGCCAUUAUACUCUUGAGUCCAAACUGGGAGAAGGCUCUUACGGAGUGGUAUUUUCGGCCAAGCAGCCUUACUCAACUGAUACCUUUGUUGUGAAAAGAUUUAAAGAGAUUUCGGAGUCAAUUAUGCUUUCAACAAUCCGAGAAUUAUGCUUUCUGAAUCGAUUAAGGCACGAUAAUAUUGUAAGAUUAAUAGAAAUCUGCUGUGAAAUUGAUGGUGAUUUUAAAAUUCAUUUCGGUUUGGUUUUGGAAGCAUGUGUGUGCAAUCUUGAAGUUUUUACUGAAGGCGAUGUCAUAACCCAUUUCUCUCAUAAAAAGAGCAUUAUACAACAAAUUUUCCGAGGUUUAUCUUUCAUGCAUGGUUUAAGUGUACUUCAUAGAGAUUUGAAGCCUGGAAAUAUUCUCAUAAAUCCGAAUGGCAUUAUAAAAAUAGCGGACUUUGGAUUGGCCCAAGUAUAUCGGUCGAUUUAUCAACACCUCUCUCCUAAUAUUAUUACACCCGGUUAUAAACCUCCUGAAACGAUAUGUAUGGAAACAAUUUAUGAUGCAAAGGUUGAUAUAUUUUCGAUUGGCGUAGUUAUAGUGGAACUAUUUACAGCAGAACCCCUUUUUCCGGAGGAAACAACAAGAGAAAUUGUUAUAAAAAUGACCCGAUUACUUGGAAAAUUUAAAGUUCGCGCUCUUCAUUGGGGUGCAAAUCGACGUCACUAUAACCGCUACUUCUCAAAUCUAGCAGAUGAGCCACCCACAUUGGUGCCUUAUUUGGAGGAAAGGGGUGUCCCAGAGGAAGCUAUUAAUUUAAUAGUUGGUCUACUCCAACUUAAUCCUGCAAAUCGACCUACUGCUGCUGAGGUUCUGGAGAAUUCAUUCUUUACCUCCGAUCCAACACCAGAUGGAAACUUUCUACAGCUUAUUCCAAGCCAUAAAAGAUUAAUUAGUGAAGAUCAAGAUGAAGAUCAAGAUGAAGAUGAAGAUGAAGAUCAAAAUGAAGAUCAAGAUGAUUAA